AUACCAUCUCUCUCUCUCUCUCUCUCUCUCUCUCUCUCUCUCUCUCCCUCCUGUAGUGCGUGUUAAAAAUACAACAAAUCCCACUCAAAUUAAACCACUGUUUUUCCAUUUCAUUUCAUCUGAAUUUCGAACAGAACUUCUUCUCUCUCUCUCUCUCUCUCUCUCUUUAGCGCAUGCACUUGGAGUGCUCCCCCGUCGAUGGAGUCGUCGCCGUCGCAGUCGCGGUGGACUGGUUUCUGCCGCCGUUCCGAGGCCGCGCUUCCAGCUCUCUGUUCGUGCUUCGCUAAUCGUUGAAUAAGAUACAUGGAUACAGGAGCUCAGGACAUGCUCUUUGGAUUUUGAUUGGUCUUGCUUGAUUUUCUCUUCGCCAUUUCAGGCUCUGGAAAUCAGUAAAUUGAUUUCCAGUUAACUGAAGCAUGUGUAGUGGUCCGGAGACGUUAAAUCCUGAGACUCCGGUACCUACUUCUUCCCCCAAGUGUGCAAACUUAACAACAGAUAUGAGUAACCUAACCAAAGCACCAAAGGCAGAAACAUCGUUCUCAAGUCUGCUUGAACUUGCUGCAGACAAUGACAUUGAAGGAUUCAAGCAAUCAAUUUUUCGCAUUGCUUCAGAAAUCAAUGACAUGGGACUCUGGUACGGUCGUCAGAGAUCAUCAAGACAGAUGUUACUAGAGCAUCGAACUCCAUUAAUGGUUGCUUCCACAUACGGUAGCGUUGAUGUUGUGAAACUAAUACUCUCUUUUUCCGAGGCGGAUGUAAAUGUUUCCUGCGGCCCGGAUGAGAGCACUGCCCUUCACUGUGCUGCAUCCAGUGGGUCUGUAAAUGCAGUUGAUGUUGUAAAGUUGUUAUUACUUGCUGGUGCAGAUCGCAAUUCCACUGAUGCCACUGGUCAUCGCCCUAUUGAUGUUAUUGUUUCUCCUCCAGAACUUCCAGAACUAAAGCAUGCCCUUCAAUUGCUCCUCAGAAGUGAUGAUUAUGAUCAUCUAGAGGACACAAAGAUCUCCUUUGCUGGCGAAAAAUCUAAUUCACCACCCCUUUCAUCAUCCCCGGAGAAUGGUCCCUUGUCCUUUGCUGUGGACUCAACAUCAUCUAUAACCCUAGAACAAAACCAUUCUAGGGUUAGUGAUAUUCAUGCAUCUUCUGUUGCUCCGGAGAAGAAAGAAUACCCAAUUGACCCUUCUCUUCCUGACAUCAAGAAUAGUGUGUAUUCCACUGACGAAUUCAGGAUGUUCUCAUUCAAAAUCCGUCCUUGUUCGCGAGCCUACUCUCACGAUUGGACUGAAUGCCCUUUUGUUCAUCCUGGCGAAAAUGCCCGAAGAAGGGACCCACGGAAGUUUCACUACAGUUGUGUGCCUUGUCCAGAUUUUCGCAAGGGUCAAUGCAGGCGUGGCGACCUGUGCGAAUAUGCUCAUGGGGUUUUUGAGUGCUGGUUACACCCAGCGCAGUAUAGGACCCGCCUGUGCAAAGACGGCACAGGUUGCUCACGCCGUGUCUGUUUCUUUGCGCACACAUCUGAGGAACUCCGCCCUUUAUAUAUGUCCACUGGAUCUGCCAUUCCAUCCCCUCGAUCAUCCGCUUCUGCUGCUUCUGUCAUGGAUAUGGCUGUGGCAUUGAGCCUUUUGCCUGGUUCUCCCUCAGCUGUAUCCCCUUCUGGGAAUUCUAUGAUGCACCCAUCUGUUGCUUGGCCUCAGCCAAAUAUUCCUACUUUGCAUCUUCCAGGAAGCAAUUUCCAAUCAAGCCGUCUGAGAUCAUCCUUUAACGCUAGGGACAUUCCAUCGGAGGAGCUCAAUAUGCUGCUAGAUUUUGAAGCUCAGCAACAGCAGCAGCUCUUUAAUGAUAUGUCAUACUUCAAUACUUCCUCCACCAAGCUACUACCCAUUCGCGCAAAAAACCUUAGUCCUUCAAACCUUGAUGAGCUUUUUUCCUCGGAGGUCUCAUCUCCUCGAUAUUCUGAUCAGGUUGCUGCUGGUUCAACUGUGUUCUCUCCAUCACAUAAAUCUAUGGUUCUGAAUCCUUUUCAGCAACAACAGAACGUUUUAUCUCCUAUGAGCGUGAAUGCAUACUCUGCAAACAAUGUGGAUCAUCAACCCUUUGGUCAUUCACCAUACCAUGUUUCAUCAUCAUCUGGGAGGAUGUCACCUAGAGGCAUUGAGCCGCAAUCCCCUUUUAGCCCUCGGCUAUCUACUCUUGGAACCUGUCUUCCUCGUAAUCUUGGUUCGGAUCUUGGAUCAAAUGGUGGAGGGAUUGUUGGAUCUCCUGUGAGUUCUUUGUCCAAUUGGGAUUCCCCGAAUGGGAAGUUGGAUUGGUCUGUUAAUGGAGAUGAACUGGCUCGAGUACGUAGAUCAUUUUCUAGCGGGCAUAAUGGGGAGGAGCCUGACCUGUCAUGGGUUCAGUCAUUGGUGAAAGAAUCACCACCUGACAACAAAGAAACUCUGAGUGUACCGGUCUCAUCGGUUGCCCCAUCAUCGGCUGAGGGUUCUGAACUGAACCCUAAUGAAAAUCUUGAUCAUGCAGUUUUGGGAGCAUGGCUAGAGCAGAUGCAGCUUGAUCAAAUUGUUGCUUAGUAACGGUGUAAUGAUGUUACUGGGGAAGAUCAGCAGAGUUUGGCUACAUAACCAGUCGGUGACGUUGUGAAGGUUAAGAAGCUUACCUUAGGAUUAAGAGGAAUGGAAAAUUCAUCUUAACUAUUUAUUAUUGUUAUUGUUUCAGCAAUCAGGAAAGGAUAAGAAAGCUUAUCUGGGUCGAUUGCAAACAUCUGGCUCAGUUUAGGUACUUUUUCCUUCCCCUGAUUUUGAAAUUUACAUCUGCAAUUUUUUUCCAUGUAGUUUCUUGAUUCAUAAAAUAACUUAAAAAUGUUUCAUUGGAACUUGGAAUCCUGGGCGCCUUCUGCAUAUUUUUAGCUUGAUAUUAACCUACUAUUGUCAUCUCAGAUGAAUUUCUUAUUGAGGGUUGAAUAGCAUUCAAGGGGUUUUUAUCUUACUUGUCUUUUUGUUCUCUCCACUGGUCCUUUUGACUAUGUCUCUCAUAACCUACGGAGGAGGGAAGAAAUUGGGUUGCUGAUGUGUUCCACUUGUGAAUGAAUUAUAGUUGGGGCAGAAAGUGACUUGGGUUGUGGGGGCAUUAGGUUCUUUGAUGAUGUAAACAUUGAACUAAAAGUUUACUGGUAUUGUAAAAUUGUUCAAUUGUCCA